AUGUCUCGUCCUGCAUUACCCACCAUACUUGAGAAUGGCGAUUCGAAUAUAGGCGUAUCCACGUCCACUACUUCUAUGGCAACCAUGAAUCAUGUAUCACAGGCGUUUGCGACAAGCGCGGCACAACAACCCACCAAUGAACAACAAUUAUUGACACCUGGCAGUGAUGGCAAUGAUGAUAUGGACGAAGCCGUGAAUCCCAUCAUGUUGAUGAAUCGAUUUGACAAGCGUAAGAGUAGCCCUGCUGUUUUGGGAUUACCUUAUGGCAUGGGCGGCGGCCCCACUACCGGUAUCAGCAGUAGCAGUAUGAGUAGUAGUAAUGCUCAAGCUCAGCAACUCGGGCUGCAACAACAUCGUAAUUCUAUUGAAGCUGCAAUGUUACUGGCCAACUUUAACCGAAUCCCCCCAGUCGAAAGAACAUCACCGCCUGAUGAUGAUAAAGGAUCCACGCCAUGGCAGGAUGAUGCUUCGGUGACUCAACCCAAAAACUCUUGGAUUUCGAAUGAUGGAUCUGAAUUGACGAUUGAUACGGAUACAGCAAUGCGACGCCAUUCCUAUUGUGUGGGCAUGGAUUGGAAUGAUUUGCCAGAAACACGAUCACUUUUCAACAAUGGCCGUAUUGAUUUCCUAUCAGAGAUUGGAUCCGUGGAUGGUGUAAACACCCCAGGACAACCCGUGGAUGAAACAACUUCCAAAUUGACAUGGACAAAUGAUGGCACAAUGUUGAACAAUGACACUUCUUCCACUGGUGAAUAUGCACAACUGCUUGAAUUUAUCCAACAUCCAUCAUCCACAUCACCAGCAUCAGUAUUGCAAUAUCCCAAGGUAUCACCACAUACAUCAUCACCAUCCCCUCCUCGUGCUCCUGCUCUUUACAAUAAUACAAGCAUCAAGUAUCCCUUACCACCACCUCCACCACCACCUUACGCUGGUAUGCCGCCACAACAUCAACCACCACCACCUUCUUUUCCACAAUCAACCCUUGGACAAAAACGAGAGUAUCCAGGAGAAGGGUAUAUGCAGCAAGGUUAUCGUUCCACCGCGACCACGACCAUGCCACCACCACCAGUCCAUCCCUAUUACUAUCAACAACAACAACAACAACAACAACCUGGUAUGACAACACAACAUCCUCAUGGUGCCAUGCAUCCCAUGUCACCAGCUGGUACAACAGCAAUCCCUGUGGCUCGUACAACAACUACCACAUCAUCCAACAAGACAUCACGAAGGAAACGAACAAAGUUUGAUGAUGAUGAAGGGGAAGUCGUGGAACCUGGUGAUAAGGAUUUCCCAGCCAUGUCGCCAAGGGAUGUGGAAGCUGCACGCACUGAUCCUGAAGCACGACCACGAAGACAAAAGUUGCGAUUUGAUGGGGAUCAAUAUACGCCUCAAUGGGUGCGAUACAAUGGUCAAUCCAAGGAGGGAUUGUGUGACACGUGCUCGCCUGGUAAAUGGUUACAACUCAAGAAUAGCGCAUUUUGGUACCACAAGCAAUUCUAUCAUGGCAUUUCUUCCGUUUCGGGCCAGCCCUUUGUCAAACCAUUGGAGACGCGAUGGGUGGAUCAAGAUUUGGUGGAAGGUCUCUGUCAUCAAUGUCGUCAAUGGGUACCCGUAAGCAAUGUAAAGCGAAAGAAUAGCGUAUUAUGGUAUCGCCAUGCACAUAAGUGUCAUGUAUACAACAAGCCUAAAACCAGUGCAUCCAAGAAGCGAUAA